AUAUCGCACAGAGCUUCAGCCAUCCCGAGGCCAUGAGUUUACCAACAACGGCCCUCCAUUGGGGCCAUUCUCCUACUCUGCCAUGGCGCGUCCAUCAUCGGAGCUCACUUCGCGGUCUCUCUUCUUCUUCAUCUCAUUUGAGCUGUAGCUGCUCUCGCUUUUUGAAAAAGUUCCGAUUUCAGCUAGUGAUUGACUGUUACAGGCCAUUAAUUGCACGACGGGCAACGAUGAAAACCGAGCCGGAGAGCGACGAUGCAGAGGAAAGAGAAUUGUCUGAGGAUGGAACAUCUCCAUCUGCGGUUGAUGGCCAAGAACAAAACAGUGGGGAUCUUAAUUUUGAAUCCACGGGCGACUCCGAAAAACAUGAGCCGGAUUCGAUGGCGUUGCUGGAUUUCAAGGACUCAAUUAAUAACAUUGGUGGGAACUUUGCUGGUGAAGUUGACAUCCAGGAUAAGGAUGAUGACAUGGAUGUUGCUAGUGGUUCUCCUUUACCUGGAAUGAAGAAUAUUAGAGAAUCCAUUCGUAUUUCCAAAGCCACGAUUGAUAUUUUGAAAGAUCAAGUUUUUGGUUUUGACACUUUUUUUGUGACAAACCAAGAACCUUAUGAGGGCGGAGUUUUGUUUCGAGGCAAUCUAAGAGGACAGGCUGCUAAAAGUUAUGAGAAGAUAACAAAGAGAAUGCAGGAUAGAUUUGAGGAUCAAUAUAAGUUUUUCCUUCUUAUUGAUCCGGAGGAUGAUAAACCAGUUGCAGUUGUGGCACCUAAACAAGCUUUCCAAACUGAGGCAACUGCUGUCCCUGAAUGGUUUGCUGCCAGUGCUUUUGGAUUGGUCACUAUUUUUACGUUACUUCUCCGAAAUGUACCUGCACUACAGUCAAAUUUGUUGUCAAUCUUUAACAAUCUUGACUUGUUGAAAGACGGCCUUCCUGGAGCUAUUGUUACUGCUCUUAUUUUAGGCUCCCAUGAAGCUGGUCAUAUUUUGUUGGCAAGAGAUGUUGGAGUCAAGCUUGGUAUACCAUUUUUUAUCCCUAGCUGGCAGAUAGGGUCCUUUGGGGCAAUCACAAGGAUUCUUAGUAUUGUGGCCAACCGCGUGGAUCUACUCAAGCUGGCCGCCGCUGGACCAUUGGCUGGAUUUUUAUUGGGGCUUGUGUUUUUUCUAUUGGGUUUGAUCUUGCCUCCUGCUGAUGGCAUUGGGAUCAUUGUUGAUCCUGCUGUUUUUCACGAGUCAUUUCUCGCUGGAGGUAUUGCAAAGCUUGUUCUUGGAGAUGCUCUGAGAGAGGGAACUCCUAUAUCGGUGAACCCACUUGUUCUGUGGUCUUGGGCUGGCCUUCUCAUUAAUGGUAUAAACAUGAUUCCUACAGGAGAACUUGAUGGUGGUCGUAUAUCAUUUGCUCUCUGGGGAAGAAAGGUUGGUGCUCGAUUAAGUGGUGUCACUCUUGCACUGCUCGGAGUAUCUUCGCUAUUUAGUGACGUGGCAUUUUAUUGGGCAGUUCUAGUAUUUUUCUUGCAAAGAGGUCCAAUUGCUCCUCUUCAUGAGGAAAUCACAGAACCGGAGGGAAAAUAUGUUGGAAUUGGUGUUGCAGUUUUAGUACUGGGACUUCUGAUAUGUUUGCCUUAUCCCUUUACUUUUGUCACUGAUGGAACAAAUUUUGACUUUUGAAUCUUGAAUUAUUUAUGUUAAU